CUUCUUAUAAUUUAUUUCAGACUCCCUUGUGCAGAUGUUGGCGUACAAACAGAGCCCGAACAUGGGAGGCGUUCCCGAAGGAAAUCAUCAAGUCCAGCAAAGUGCUCCGAGUACUUGGAACGUAGUACUAACAAUCGCAGCUUUAGCAAGAGGAAAAGAACUGCCGAGACCCAGACAAGACUAACACAUAGGGACAGCAAACAAAUGCGCAGUGGAUCAAGCUGUGCUACAUCUCCUUUAAAUACUCCUGUUAAUAGUAAUAGUAAUGACAGUAUUACAGGAAAUAAUUAUAUUGAAGAAUGUACUAAUGAAAAUGGGUCUCUCAGUGGCUUAUCUCUGCAGGUAGAUUUACCAGAAUUCAUCACAACCCACCACAGUACAUCAGGCACACAGACAAGUCCUCGAGUUGGCAGGCUUUCACAACCUAGCCUACAUGAUUUUACAAUUUCCUUUUUUGAUCGCGCAUGUGGAGGGGAUGAACCCCAGAUAAGUCAAUCGCUGACCACAAUAACAUCAACACAGACCUCUGAUCUUGAUUCUUAUGAGUCAUCACAGUUGUUAAUUGAAGAGGAUGAGGAGCUUUUAGUUGUGGGAGACUCUGCUGUAGUGGGAGGACAGCGCCCUCCUUCCUUAGGUCACAUACGCUCCUCAAGUAUUGAAACACAAACUGAUCACGACGUCCUUCUCAGUAAAAAUGCUGACAAUACACCUGAUGAUGUUGAUGGGAUUAUCCUGACAAACACAGAAACUCAGACAGAUCCAAGUAACCUUCUCAAUCCAAAUGUUAAUCAUUCAUACCCAAAUUCAGGAGACUCCGGGGGAUGUCAUAUUCAUGAAGGGGACAGUUUGUGGUGCACAAGUGAAACUCAGACUUAUGAAGACUUCUCUGAUAUUGAACAGUUCAUGCGCUCAACAAUCCACACCCAAACACCAGACAACAGUCACAGUGAGUUGUUUCCCGAGCUUUCCUUUACUCAUACACAAACUCAGACGAGUCUUGAUGACCCGCCUUCACUUGUCACAACACACACUCAGACUCCUCUCAGUGAGCUAUAAGCCUUUCAGAUCUGAAACAGUUUUAAUGCAACAGCAGUUAAUUUUUUUUUUUUCAAUUGCAAUAUCACAACCCUGAUGGCAGCACAGGCUAAUUACAUAAAAAUUGUAUUAUCAAAGUAAUAUAUAAUUUUUUCUUAUUUCUGCCCUACAGAGAGUUCAUAUGUCAUAUUUGUUACUUUUUUUUUUAUGUAAGAAUGCAAGGAAACUGUAGAUGGUCUAUUUAAGUCAUCCUCAUCCAUAUAUCUAUAACUUUCUCUGCAACUUUGAUAUUGUACUU